CCGGAAACUCCAAGAACUUCCUUUUCCCUUCCGUGGGUCGAGAGAUCCUCAACAUGGUUCGCUACUCCCUAGACCCCGAAAAUCCGACUAAGUCAUGCAAGUCAAGGGGCUCCAAUCUCCGGGUUCACUUCAAGAACACCCGUGAGACAGCUCAGGCCAUUAAGGGAAUGCACAUCCGCAAGGCGAACAAGUACCUUAGGGAUGUCACCAUCAAACACCAGUGUGUCCCCUUCCGUCGUUACAACGGAGGUGUCGGCAGGUGUGCCCAGGCCAAGAAGUUCGACUGGACACAGGGUCGCUGGCCCAAGAAAAGCGCCGAGUUCCUUCUGCACAUGCUCAAGAACGCAGAGAGCAACGCUGAGCUCAAGGGUCUGGACGUGGACUCCCUGGUCAUCGAGCACAUCCAGGUGAACAAGGCUCCCAAGAUGAGGCGGCGUACCUACAGGGCCCACGGCCGUAUCAACCCCUACAUGAGCUCCCCGUGCCACAUCGAGAUGAUCCUCACGGAGAAGGAACAGAUCGUCCCCAAGCCAGAGGAAGAGGUCGCCCAGAAGAAAAAGGUCUCGCAGAAGAAGCUGAAGAAGCAGAAACUCAUGGCACGCGAGUAAAUGUAAAUAAAAAUGGGACGCUUAACAACA